AUGGCGGAUGCCGACGAGCUGCGGCGCGAGCUCGCCGGGCAGCAGCGCGUUCUGGACGCGCAGCGCGGCUACAUCCUCGCGCAGGGCGACGGCGGCGCGGCCGCGGGGCACGGCGGCUGCGCCGGGCUCGGCAAGCACGACGGCGCCGGCGCGGCGGGCGCAGCGGCGGCGCCGGCGGGCGCGGGGCUGCAGCCGCUGGAGGCUUCCGAGGGUCAGUCCGCCGCCGACGAGUGCGAGGUCUGCUGCUCGAGGCGUCGCGACACCGCCCUCGGCUGCGGCCACGUGACCUGUGCGCGCUGCAGUGUCCUCUGCGCCGACUGCCCCUUCUGCCGCACUGCCGUCACGCAGCGCCUGCGCAUAUGGCUGUGA